CGCAAUGUCUGCACCUGGCGGGCGGGGGCUGUGCGCGGAGCGGGCGGCUGUGCGCCGUGGCGGUGCGGAUGUGGUGCCUGACGUGCGGCCCGGCGCGGGGAUGUGUCUGCAGGGGACCGUGGCCGUCUGCGCUGUCUCCCGCUGUAACGGUUUUCUCAAAUAAUGAUGAAGCCCUUAUUAACAAAAAACUACCCAAAGAACUUCUUUUAAGAAUAUUUUCUUUCUUGGACAUAGUUACUUUGUGUCGCUGUGCACAAGUUUCCAAGGCAUGGAACGUUUUAGCUCUGGAUGGAAGCAAUUGGCAAAGAAUAGACCUCUUUAACUUUCAAACGGAUAUAGAGGGUCGUGUUGUGGAAAAUAUAUCGAAAAGGUGUGGUGGGUUCCUGAGGCAACUUAGUCUGAGAGGAUGUCUUGGUGUUGGAGACUCCUCUUUAAAGACCUUUGCGCAGAACUGCAGAAACAUCGAACACUUAAACCUGAACGGCUGCACGAAAAUCACCGACAGCACGUGUUACAGCCUUAGCAGAUUCUGUUCCAAGCUGAAACAUCUGGAUCUGACGUCUUGCGUAGCCAUCACAAACAACUCUUUGAAAGGCUUAAGUGAGGGUUGCAGAAAUCUGGAACAUUUGAAUCUUUCCUGGUGUGAUCAGAUUACGAAGGAUGGUAUUGAAGCACUGGUGAAAGGGUGUAGUGGACUAAAAGCUCUAUUUCUUAGAGGUUGCACACAGUUAGAAGAUGAAGCACUGAAACACAUCCAAAAUCACUGUCAUGAACUUGUAAUCCUGAAUUUGCAAUCCUGUACACAAAUUUCAGAUGAAGGCAUUGUAAAAAUCUGCAGAGGAUGCCACAGGCUCCAGUCCCUCUGUGUUUCAGGCUGUAGCAACCUUACAGACGCUUCCCUCACAGCACUUGGUCUAAACUGUCCAAGGCUGAAGAUUUUGGAAGCUGCAAGAUGUUCACAUCUAACAGAUGCUGGCUUUACCCUUUUAGCACGGAAUUGCCACGAGCUGGAGAAGAUGGACUUGGAAGAGUGUGUUUUGAUAACUGACAGCACCUUGAUACAACUUUCCAUACACUGUCCCAAGCUGCAAGCAUUGAGCUUAUCUCACUGUGAACUGAUCACCGAUGAUGGAAUUCUUCAUCUGAGCAACAGUACGUGUGGUCACGAGAGGCUGCAGGUGCUGGAGCUUGAUAACUGUCUUCUCAUCACGGACGUGACUCUGGAACACCUGGAGAACUGCCACAACCUGGAGAGAAUCGAGCUGUAUGACUGUCAGCAAGUGACACGGGCUGGGAUCAAACGGAUCAGAGCUCAUCUACCUCAUGUGAAAGUUCAUGCUUACUUUGCUCCAGUGACUCCCCCUCCUUCGGUAGGAGGGAGUGGACAGCGCCUCUGCAGAUGCUGUAUUAUCCUCUGACAGUAAGUGCAGCCACGCAGGGAAUGGUGGUGGUUUUGAAGAAGGGGACUGCGCCUCUGUGGAAGGAGUUGGUUUUCUGACAGUCCUGAUGGUGGUGUUUGGUCAUCCAGUUUUGUGACAAGAAAAGCAUUUUUUUUCCAGGUACAAAUCUUAAUGUGAUGUGCAGCUGUGGAUUAAGUUGGUGAUGCUUUGGUUUGUAUUAGUAACUCCUUCCUUCCGUUGGCAUGAGAGCUGAAAUACUGUGGGAGAUGUGCAGGCCUUGCAGCCUAGCAGCUACCUGGUGAAGGCUGACUAAACUUGGAAGUUCAUUUUGCAUUUGUAAGCACUGCCCAGCGAGAAGUCCUAACCUAUCCUGGGGCUGGAGGCUGUCUCUUCAAGGGACUGCACCUGCUGGUCUGCAAUAUACAUGACAGAUCCAGUACCAGGUUUAAGGACAAAUCAGCUUUAGCAGAUGUUGACCAAAAACAAAAUGCAAGGUAGUGAUGAGCUCUUACAGCAAACCAGCUUGUAUUUUUUCAUGAUUCAGCUUCAUAUUUAAUUAUGUAACAGGACAAUAGGUAAUGUCAAAAGGUAAGAUAGUACCUUGAGGUACCUCUAUAAAUAAAUACUUGCCAAGUUCUGGAACUUGGGGCCAUUGAACUAUGUGUUAGUAUAAAGCUUGCCCAUCACCGAAGCACGUUCUAUGCCCAAUGCCAUCGGCCUUUACAAGGGGCAAGAAGUCCACUGUGGUAGAGCUUGUGCACUCUACUGUAACUGGCUGCCACGAUCAUACAUGGUGCUUACUGCUAAGCUGUUCCUGUGUGUCCUUGGUCACCUCCUCUGCUUGUGAGGGCAGGAUGCAGCAGGUCUAGGAAGAGGGGUGCAGUAUUUGCGUGCUUCUACAGGUGAAGAGUGGAAAUCAGGUUCAGUUACAGGAACUAUGCUAGAGCAAGGAAUUUAAUCCAAACUCUCUCGCACCUGUUUUAGAGAUGCAGAAAGCAGGUAGGCAGAUAAAGCUGUGGGCAGGAGUUGAACCAAACCAAACCUGUGGGUUUCCAAUGUAGAAAGCCAAACGCUUCACAUUGGGGUUAAGAAGCUCUCAACUUCUGAAUGGUAAAAAUGAAAUCAAUCUAUUAAUUCUUAAGGCCAUGCUUUCAUCCUUAGUUUUUCAGUGAUAGAAGGUUAGGAAUCAAACGUUUUUAUAUUGAUUAUCUGAGAUAAAUUUCUCAAUAACAGUUCAGAAAGCUAUGUGCAAGAUUGAGUCUCUGUGUGUGUGUGUGUUUUAAGAGUUCAGGGCCUCUGUGUGUUCACUGAAAAGUAACAAAAACUGGCUUUAAAAGCAGUUGGAGAAGCUGCUGUGGGAUACUGUUACAAUUUCCCCUGCAAAUUUUAAGCUCCUUUUUAAAAGGAGUGUGAACUUGAAGAGAUUUUAAUGAGUAAUAGCAGCUGGGUGGUGUUCACACUUACCAUUCAGAGAGUGGGGAUGGCAAAUGGAGAGGUCAGUGCUGAGGUUCCUUACCGAUGUGUGUAGGAGGUGAAUUUCUUUACCAGUACAGAGCAAGCCAACUGGAGCUUGGUUUUGCACAGCAGUGGAGGAGCCUUAUUGCAGUCACACCUGGAGUUCCCUUGAGAGACUGCUGCAACAGGAACUUGUAAGCAGAUAUUCUUCAGCCAUUGGUACCAGUUUGUCAAGGUGUGUUGCCAUUUGAUGGCUUUUAUUUUUAAGGACAUAACGAACCUUGUAAGCCUAUUGCAUUAAAGAUGUACAAAACCAAAUGGAACCUGCUCUGAUAUAGGACACCUCAAUAAACAGUCAGCUGAUGUCA